GGCAAAAUUCCCUCAUCGUUCUUCUUCCUCCUUCUCGUUCCCGCUCCUGUCUCCUGUCUCAAUUUAUACCCUCAGAUCACGGAGAUUUUGCAUUUUAGUCCUCUACUUCCUACCAUUUCUCUCUCUUGUUUUUUUCCCCUAAACCGCCAUCCAAUUUUGGGAUUUUGAUUGGAGAUUCGGGAUGAAAUCGCCAUUGAGGAAGCUUAGGGGGUUGGCCUCCAAUCACAAGAGCGAUUCCAAGGACAAGAAGGAUCACCGUCACCAUGAUCGGCAGCCGGCAAUGCGCGAUGAGCUCGUCCACGCCACGCAGGACAUGCUAGAUAUGAAAAGAUGUUAUGAUAGCUUACUUUCUGCUGCAGCUGCCACAACAAAUAGUGCAUAUGAGCUGUCAGAAGCGCUGGAAGAAAUGGGAACAUGCUUGCUUAAAAAAACUGCAUUGAAUGAAGAUGAAGACAGUGGUAGGGUUCUCCUGAUGCUGGGUAAAGUACAAUUUGAACUUCAGAAACUCAUGGAUAGCUACGUAAGACCUAAAAUAUGUAUGGAGAAAAUUCAUCAUUUUUACCAUUCUGAUGUUGUAUUUGCUUCUUGUCAGCGUAUGCAUAUAGUUCAGACAAUCACAACUCCAUCAGAGUCUCUUCUCAAGGAGCUUCAGACUGUCGAGGAGAUGAAGCAACAAUGUGAUGUUAAAAGAGAUUUAUACAAAAUCAUGUUAGAGAGACAUAGAGAAAAAGGGAGGAAAAAACAUGUGAAAGGUGAAUCAGUCUCAUCAAAGCAGUUGCAAGAUGCACGAGAAGAUUAUGAAGAGGAAGCAAACUUAUUCAUCUUCCGCUUGAAAUCAUUGAAACAAGGUCAAUCCAGAAGUAUUCUUACACAGGCAGCAAGGCACCAUGCUGCACAGUUGAACUUUUUCAGGAAAGGAUUCAAGUAUCUAGAAGUUGUUGAACCACAAGUCAAAGCAGUUGCUUCACAGGAGCAUAUUGAUUAUCAGUUCAAUGGGCUUGAAGAUGAUGAUACAGAAGAAUAUGAUGAUUAUGAUGACGAUGAUGAUGAUUACUAUAGUUAUGACAGCAAUGAUAAGGCGGAACUGAGUCUUGACUAUAGACAAGAUGACAAAGAUCAAGAUGCACUAUCUUCAUCUACGAGCUCAAUGGAGUUAAAUCAAGUAGAGGAGCCAGUGAUUCGAGCAUCAAAAACAGAACCUGCAAAGCUAAUGCAGGAAAAUGUAGACAGAAAUGAGGCAGAAGUUCCCAAAUUUUAUAAAAGACCUAGUCCUAGAAGCCACUCAGCACCCAUUUUCCCUGAUAAAGUGUUCGAUCCAAAAGAAAGGAUAAAACAAUUGCGACCUUCAUCAACAAGGAAGUUUCAUACUUAUGCUCUACCCACACCAGUAGAUGUGAAGCACUCAGUUUCCAUAGGCUCUGUUGGAAAACCCUCCCAGUUAUGGCAUUCAUCUCCCUUGGAGCCAUACAAAUUCAUUCAAAAUUCCAGAGAUGAUGUAAUGCCAAGCCUCGCCAAAUUCCCAAAAGCACAUACAGUGAAACCAAAAGAAAGUAAUAUCAACAGUAGUCCUAUCAGGAUGCCUCCUCCUUUGAGUGAGGAACUGGCAAGACCUCAUUUCAGUCCACAGACAGGUUCUAAUGUUAAAAAAGUCAGACAGUAUGCUUACUCCGGUCCAUUGACAAGUGGCCAUUGGUCAAACAAGCCCGAUGAUAGAGAUGUCAUGCUGCCAUGUGUGCGAACUCCUCAGCCAUCUCUCUCUCCAACAGCAACUUGUAAUAUCUCACCUCCACCGAUGAUUAGUGAACUUCACGAGCUUCCAAGACCGCCAAUUGGUUUGGUGAGAUCUACUAGGCCUGCAAGUUUAAUUGGUCAUUCAGCGCCUUUGGUUUAUCAAGGACAAGAUCCAAACAAGAGGACAGGCCAAACAUCACCAUUUGCGUCUUGUACAGCAUCUCCCCUACCAACACCACCUGCGGCUGUGCGCCGAAGUUUUUCAAUACCCUCACGAAGAAUGCCAUUGUCACAGGUUGCUCAAUUUUUGGAGGAUACUAGUAAUAAGGACUUGAUUGAAGAUUUUGCUCCGCGUCAUCUGCCACCUAUAUGUCUAAAGAACAUCUAUCCAGCAUCACGAGCUUCAGAGUCAGUUACUCGAGCGACAAAAGAAAAAGAGUACAUGUGAUCAACAGGCACUUGGUGCCUCUGGUGUAUAUAGUAGUCUGUGGAUUCUCAGAUCGAUUUUGCCACACUUCUCUAGUCUUUGUGAUGAGACCUAGUGUUGAUUAUUCUCUUCAGUCAUAGGAUCCAUUAAGGUUUUGUUUUAUUUACUGCAAUAAGCAGUAUAUUCUUAUUGUUAUUUUAGUUUCUUAGAAUUAAGUGUAUAAGUGAUGAAAAACAACUGCAAGGAGCUAUGCACGAUUUUUUUUUAUAGUGCAUUUGUAACAUAUCAUAGUUGCUUUUUUGAAGUCGACAGAAAUGCCCUUAUAUAUUCUUAUUUUUCUAGA